AUGUUUUGUAGAGUCACUUUGUGGCGUGUAUGACAGCCAUCUUAGACCAGAUGGGUGACCAACACUAUUCCUUCUACAUUGAGACCUUCAAGACCAGCUCAGACCUUGUGGACUUCCUGAUGGAGACAUUCAUCAUGUUCAAGGACCUGAUUGGGAAGAAUGUGUACCCUGGUGACUGGAUGGCCAUGAGCAUGGUUCAGAACAGGGUCUUCUUGAGAGCUAUCAACAAGUUUGCAGAAACCAUGAACCAGAAGUUUCUAGAACACACAAGCUUUGAGUUCCAGCUGUGGAACAACUAUUUUCAUCUGGCAGUGGCUUUUAUCACUCAGGACUCUCUGCAGCUGGAGCAGUUCACGCACGCUAAGUACAACAAAAUCCUGAAUAAGUACGGGGACAUGAGACGGCUCAUUGGCUUUUCCAUCCGUGAUAUGUGGUAUAAACUUGGCCAGAACAAAAUCUGCUUCAUCCCAGGCAUGGUGGGACCUAUAUUAGAGAUGACACUUAUCCCCGAGGCUGAGCUCAGGAAAGCCACCAUCCCAAUCUUCUUCGACAUGAUGCUGUGUGAAUAUCAAAGGAGUGGAGCUUUCAAAAAGUUUGAAAAUGAAAUCAUCCUCAAGCUGGACCACGAGGUAGAAGGAGGCCGGGGUGAUGAGCAGUACAUGCAGCUGCUGGAGUCCAUCCUGAUGGAGUGCACAGCGGAGCACCCGACCAUUGCCAAGUCGGUGGAGAACUUUGUGAGCUUGGUCAAAGGGCUGCUGGAGAAGUUGCUGGAUUACCGGGGAGUGAUGACGGACGAGAGCAAAGACAACCGUAUGAGCUGCACAGUGAACCUGCUGAAUUUCUACAAAGAUAACAACCGGGAGGAGAUGUACAUAAGAUACCUGUACAAACUCCGUGAUCUUCACCUGGACUGUGACAAUUACACAGAGGCUGCCUACACGCUCCUCCUCCACACCUGGCUUCUUAAGUGGUCAGAUGAACAGUGUGCAUCACAGGUCAUGCAGACAGGCCAGCAGCAUCCCCAGACCCACCGGCAGCUGAAGGAGACACUCUACGAGACCAUUAUAGGUUACUUUGACAAAGGAAAGAUGUGGGAAGAAGCCAUCAGCUUGUGCAAGGAGCUGGCCGAACAGUAUGAGAUGGAGACCUUUGACUACGAGCUGCUCAGUCAGAACCUGAUCCAGCAGGCCAAGUUCUAUGAAAACAUCAUGAAAAUCCUCAGACCCAAACCAGACUACUUUGCUGUCGGAUACUACGGCCAGGGAUUCCCCACCUUCCUGCGGAACAAAGUCUUCAUCUACCGAGGGAAGGAGUAUGAACGAAGAGAGGACUUCCAGAUGCAGCUUUUGAGCCAGUUCCCCAAUGCAGAAAAGAUGAACACGACCUCUGCCCCAGGAGAUGAUGUGAAGAACGCCCCAGGCCAGUAUAUCCAGUGUUUCACUGUGCAGCCCGUCCUGGAUGAACACCCCAGGUUCAAGAACAAACCAGUGCCUGACCAGAUCAUAAACUUUUACAAGUCCAAUUACGUGCAAAAGUUCCACUACUCCAGGCCUGUGCGCAGGGGCACUGUAGACCCAGAAAAUGAGUUUGCUUCCAUGUGGAUCGAGAGGACUUCCUUCCUGACUGCAUACAAGCUGCCCGGCAUCCUGCGCUGGUUUGAGGUGAUUCACAUGUCUCAGACCACAAUUAGUCCUCUGGAGAAUGCUAUUGAAACCAUGUCCACGGCCAAUGAGAAGAUCCUGAUGAUGAUAAACCAGUACCAGAGUGAUGAGAGCCUUCCCAUCAACCCACUCUCUAUGCUCCUCAAUGGGAUCGUGGACCCUGCAGUCAUGGGAGGCUUUGCCAAGUAUGAGAAGGCCUUCUUCACUGAAGAGUACAGCAGGGAGCACCCGGAGGACCAGGACAAGCUGAGCCGCCUCAAGGACUUGAUCGCAUGGCAGAUUCCCUUCUUGGGAGCGGGGAUUAAGAUCCAUGAGAAAAGAGUGUCGGACAACCUACGGCCCUUCCAUGACCGGAUGGAGGAGUGUUUCAAGAACCUGAAAAUGAAGGUGGAAAAGGAGUAUGGUGUCCGAGAAAUGCCUGACUUCGAUGACAGGAGAGUGGGCCGCCCCAGGUCCAUGCUGCGCUCCUACCGGCAGAUGUCCAUCAUCUCUCUGGCCUCCAUGAAUUCCGACUGCAGCACUCCCAGCAAGGCCACCUCAGAGAGCUUUGACCUGGAGUCAGCAGCACCCAAGACUCCCAAAGUGGAGGAGGACCCCAUCUCUCCAGGGAGCACUCUGCCGGAGGUCAAGCUGCGCCGGUCCAAGAAAAGGACCAAGAGGAGCAGCGUGGUGUUUGCGGAUGAGAAGGCAGCGACCGAGUCAGAACUGAAGCGGCUUUCCAGAAAGCAUGAGUUCAUGAGCGACACCAAUCUCUCGGAGCAUGCAGCCAUCCCCACCAGGGUGUCUGUCCUCUCUCAGAUGAGUUUUGCCAGCCAGUCCAUGCCCACCAUCCCAGCCUUCACACUCUCGGUGGCAGGCGUGCCUGGGUUGGAUGAGGCCAGCACAUCUCCCCGGAUGAGUCAGACCUUCUUCCCUGUCUCAGACGGUGACAAAAAGACCCUGAAAAAGAAGAAAGUCAAUCAGUUCUUCAAGACUAUGCUGGCCAGCAAAUCAAGUGAAGACAGCAAGCAGCUCCCAGACUUCCUGUCCACAGACCUGUGAGACACUGCUGAGCAGAGCAGCGUGGGAGCUCCAGGGGAAGAGGCAUGCGUAUGACAUUGGAAUUUCAGGAGGGGACAAAGCUUUAAAAGAGACAGAGGAUCCCAGUUGGGCCUCAGAAACCAAGUGACAACAAGCCUUGUGUCUCCUGACGCCACCACCAGGGUGAUGGAUGACUCACCGGACAAAGAAGGCCCACCAUGGAUCCAUGGACCUCAAGGAGCCAGCAAGUGCCGGAUGGAUGCUCUCCCCAGCAUCCAAGGCAUACACAUCAUAACUCAGGUUCACAGCUAGAAGGAGCUGCGUUUUGUUUAAUUCCUAGGUCUCAGCACUUAAAAGAACUGAAAAGCCUUUAAAUGUUCUAUUUUCAGUUAACAUUUUUGUACUUUACAUUUUUUAAUAAGCCCCUUUCUAGUCAAUCACUUCCAAAAUGUUGCUCUUUCUUACUGACAUUAAAAUGGUCUCAUGGCUCA